UCUCAGCGAGUAACGUCAACUAUAGCCACAGAGAUGGGAGUCCACGAACACCCCCUUAAUCCACCUCUCUCGUCCAACUUACUACACUCUUUGAAGUCAACUUUACCUUAUAGCGUCAAUCUUGUAUAUCGAAUUCAGCAUCCCAACAAAACUCAACAUGCACACGUCCUAGCAACGUUCUCACCGGAAGAAUCUCCUAUUCCAGAGUGUUGGGUCGCGGCUUACUUCGAUAAUUCAAUGCGUCCGGAAACCGAUCUCUGGAUCUUCGCAGCUGGCGAAGUCCCCGGCCAUCGCGGCUCUACAUCAAAAGGCGAAAGUGAAUUCUGUUCACUAUGUAAGCAAUUGGUUCUCUCACUCCUCGAUCAUAUCUCAGGUCUUGAAGUCCCCCCAUUGCGGGCCGAGAACGAAUUUGCUAUUGCUUUAGCAAAAAGGCACGAGGAACAGUAUCCAGAAUUGGGCCCCAACGUCAAGUUUGCACCCAGUACUGGCACAUACAUGCGUCACCUCCUUCUGCAGAAAAUUGUCACGCUGGGAGCUGCACAUCACCAAGUGGUUCAGAUAUGCGCAGAGGCAGGCUUGGUGCGCGAUGAAUUUCCUAGCCGGGACGCCAGGCUCAACAAGUUCUUCUUCAGGGUAGCAGAUUUGACCAGCGUGAAAGAAUUACCCGUAGGAUUGCGAUGGGGGGAAAUGAGACCACAAGAUAUUCCAGCUGUGCAAGCCACCACCAGUAUACCGCGAGGCACAGGGACAUUGCUGUCGCUGAAAAGUGUAGGUGCCUUUGAUGCGGAUGAUAUCCCUGUGUGCUGGACAUUCUUGGGCCUGGAUGGGUCCUUGACCACUUUGUACACGGACCCAAAAUAUAGAGGAAAGGGCUUAGCAAAAAACGUAGCGAGCAAGAUCAUCAGAGACUACGCAUCACAGCUCGCAGUGGAUGAGAGAGGCAAUGCAUGGGCACACGCAGAUGUGUAUGAAGGGAACGUGCAAAGUGAGAGUGUAUGCAAAAGCUUGGGUGGUCAUGCUGGAGCCAAAAUCUUCUGGGUUAGAAUCGAUCUCACACGUGCUGGAGCGUUGUCAAAUCAUCAAUAA